CUAAAACACGCAGAGCUCCCUUUACUACCGUCGGAUAUAGGGUUAGGGUUUUAGGGUUUGUGGGCGGCUCGCGGCUAUGGGCAAGGGAACCGGGAGCUUCGGCAAGCGCCGGAACAAAUCGCACACGCUCUGCCGCCGCUGCGGCCGGCGCAGCUUCCACAUCCAGAAGGCCAGAUGCGCGGCGUGCGCCUACCCUGCCAAGCGCAUCCGAAAAUAUAACUGGAGCGAGAAGGCGAUCCGGCGCAAGACCACUGGAACCGGGCGGAUGAGGUACCUGCGCCAUCUCCCCAGGCGAUUCAAGAGCAACUUCAGAGAAGGAGAGCCUCUCCAGAAGAAAGCUCCAGCGUCCGCGGCCACAUAGAGAAGCGCUCGAGCACCCAUGAAUCGAUCAAGCAGGCAUUUUGGUUACAUCUGAGAUUUCUUUCUAGGUGCCAAACACUAAGAAAAACUUUUUUCUCUA